AUGGCCGCUCAACAAGGUGGCGUGAUAUUGCAUCACCUAUCGGGUACAACGUACUUUGAGGUUGUUGUUGGGCCAAAGACAGAAAUUUUAGAUAUCGUUCCUGAAUGGCCAGGAAGUGAACACGAUAGCCGAAUUUUCCAAAAUUCUCGCAUAUAUAUGCGAUAUAGACAAGGUGAAUUGGAUGGAAUGCUGGUUGGAGACGCUGGAUAUCCCAUAUUACCUUUUUUACUUACACCGAUUGGUAAUCCUACAACGGAUGAAGAAAUAAGUUAUAAUGCGAUUCACGGAAGAACAAGAAGAAUUGUCGAAAGGACAUUUGGUAUAUGGAAACGGAGAUUUCCUUGUUUGUCAAAAGGGCUUACGACAAAAUUAUUAACUUCUACAUCAAUUGUAGUGGCAUGUGCUGUUCUCCAUAAUAUCUCAUUGAUUUUAAAUGAUCAGUUAGAAGAUGAAGAAAUAGAAAAUUUAGAUAAUGAAGUUCCGGUGGUCGAGCCUCAUUAUCAACCUGGUGAAGGUUUUCUCAUACGAAAUGCUCUCAUUGAACGACUGUUCCGAUAA